AUGACCUCAAACGGGAAAUUCCCGAGUUUAUCGGAAAAUGUCACCGCCCGCGACUGGCUUUCUCCUCCUUCCAUCCCUCCCCAUCAGCAGUUCAUUGCAUCUUCCUAUCUCAUGAUGCCUGCUGCUACUCCUGCUGCUUGGAGACAGGCCUCCCGUGCCUGCUCUCGGCGUUUGUCCGCCUACGGUACCUGGACUGCCCCCCACCGAGCCCUUGCCACUGGCGUGCGCCCUGCCCGAUCUUAUGUCACCGAAACGAAGGCCGGCCAUGCGCAGGUCAACGUGGAAACCGCCAUCAAGGAAGAGCAGAAAUCCUUCAUGAAGCAGGCCGGUGUCGCUCCCCAGAAUGUGAAGCUGCCCGGUACGACUACCUCCGCGGACGCUGCGAUGAGCCCGUCCGCUGGUAUCCUGAAGCAAGCCACCGUAAUGGACCAGGGAACCCGACCGAUCUACCUCGAUAUGCAGGCCACCACCCCGCUCGACCCUCGUGUUUUGGACGCCAUGCUUCCGUAUCUGACCGGUAUCUACGGUAACCCACACUCGCGCACGCACGCCUACGGUUGGGAGUCGGAGAAGGCCGUCGAGGAAGCCCGUGAACAUCUCGCUAAAUUGAUUGGUGCCGACCCUAAGGAGAUUAUCUUCACAAGCGGUGCAACCGAGAGCAACAAUAUGAGUCUGAAGGGCGUGGCACGUUUCUUUGGACGCUCAGGCAAGAAGAAGCACAUCAUCACAACCCAGACCGAACACAAGUGUGUCCUUGACAGCUGCCGUCAUUUGCAGGACGAGGGCUUUGAGGUGACCUACCUUCCCGUCCAAAGCAACGGUCUGAUUCGCAUGGAGGAUCUCGAGGCUGCCAUGCGCCCGGAGACUGCCAUUGUCAGUAUCAUGGCCGUGAACAAUGAGAUUGGUGUGAUCCAGCCCAUGGAGAAGAUUGGCAAGCUCUGUCGAUCCAAGAAGGUCUUCUUCCAUACCGACGGUGCUCAGGCAGUUGGAAAGAUUCCUCUGGAUGUCAACAAGCUGAACAUCGACCUGAUGUCAAUCUCCAGCCACAAGCUCUAUGGCCCCAAGGGUAUCGGCGCCUGCUAUGUGCGCCGUCGUCCUCGUGUCCGCCUGGAGCCCAUUAUCUCUGGCGGUGGCCAGGAGCGUGGUCUGCGCAGUGGAACCCUGGCCCCGCAUCUGAUUGUCGGAUUUGGUGAGGCGUGCCGCCUCGCCGCCCAGGAUAUGGCGUAUGACCGCAAGCACAUCGACCGGCUUUCAAAGCGCCUGACUGAUGGCCUCUUGGCCAUGGAGCACACCACCCUGAACGGUGACCCCGACCACCACUACCCCGGUUGCGUGAACAUUUCGUUCGCUUACGUUGAGGGCGAGUCCCUCCUGAUGGCACUGAAGGAUAUUGCCCUGUCCUCUGGCAGUGCCUGCACCUCUGCCUCCCUGGAGCCUUCCUACGUUCUGCGUGCCUUAGGCAGCAGCGACGAGAGCGCCCACAGCAGUAUUCGUUUCGGCAUCGGCCGAUUCACCUCGGAUGCCGAGAUUGACUACGUGCUCAAGGCCGUUCAGGAACGGGUGCACUUCCUGCGUGAGCUGAGCCCGCUCUGGGAGUUGGUGCAGGAGGGUAUCGACCUCAACACGAUCGAGUGGAGCCAGCACUAG